AGUUGGGGGAGUGGGAGUCCUUGUGGCUCUGAGAUGGUGUAAACCCUGCGGGUGACAGGAGGGCAUCUCGGAGGAAGCGACGUGAGGGGGCUAGUUGGGUGCUCCAGCGUCUGGCCAGAGAAUGGGUGCUGGCAUAUCUGGUGGCCCUGCGCUGGGAGGGCGGGGAAGCUGCAGGGUGCUGCAAGGAGAGCAGACAUAACCACCCCCUCCUGCUGCAGGAGAGCCUACCACCCGCAUCCACACUGGCCAGCCCUGAGCCUUCACCUCAGUGCCUGCGGGCUUAGCACCUCCAACACCUCCCUGCCCCCACUUGGUAGAGUAGCCCUGGAUGAAGGGGUCUGGAAGAUGGGGACUGUCCCUGAAGAAGAGAUGGCCCAAACAUCCCUAUACCCCUAUCCUGCCCUGAGCUGUCGCCUCACCAUGCGCUGUCGCUCAAGGGCUUGGCAAACCCCAUGGCUGCGUGAGCCUCCCCUGGGCCCCCCACCCAUCCCAGCAUGGUCCAGGCCUGUGGGGGGCGCUCCACAGCACAGCCGCCGACCGUGUAUUUGGGGGCAGCCAUGACCCAGCCACUGCCCACCAAAGCGCCAGCCAAGAAGCAUGUGCGGCUGCAGGAGAGGCGGGGCUCCAACAUAGCUCUGAUGCUGGACGUGCGGUCCCUCGGGGCCGUGGAGCCCAUCUGCUCGGUGAACACACCCCGGGAAGCCACUCUCCACUUUCUGCGCACGGCUGGGCACCCCCUUACACGCUGGGCCCUGCAGCACCAGCCACCCAGCCCCAGAGAGCUGGAGGAGGAAUUCGUGAAGAUCCCCUCAAACUUUGUCAACCCUGAAGAGCUGGACAUCCCAGGCCACGCCUCUAAGGACCGAUACAAGACCAUCUUGCCAAAUCCCCAGAGCCGUGUCUGCCUAGGCCGGGCACAGAACCAAGAGGACGGAGACUAUAUCAAUGCCAACUACAUCCGAGACCUGCAGGGAUUCCCUCAGAGCUCUACUCUUUCUACUCUCCCCACGCCUUCUCAUGUGCACCUGCCUCCCCAGGGCUAUGAUGGGCAGGAGAAAGCCUACAUCGCAACCCAGGGCCCCAUGCCCAACACGGUGGCAGAUUUCUGGGAGAUGGUGUGGCAGGAAGAGGUGUCCCUCAUUGUCAUGCUCACUCAGCUCCGAGAGGGCAAGGAGAAAUGUGUCCACUACUGGCCCACAGAAGAGGAAACUUACGGACCCUUCCAGAUCCGCAUCCAGGACAUGAAGGAGCGCCCAGAAUACACUGUGCGGCAGCUCACCAUCCAGCACCAGGAGGAGUGCCGGUCAGUGAAGCAUGUCCUCUUCUCAGCCUGGCCUGACCACCAGACCCCAGAGUCGGCUGGGCCCCUGCUGCGCCUGGUGGCUGAGGUGGAGGAGAGCCCAGAGACAGCUGCCAACACUGGGCCCAUCGUGGUCCACUGCAGUGCAGGGAUUGGCCGGACUGGCUGCUUCAUUGCCACCAGAAUCGGCUGCCAGCAGCUGAAGGCCAGAGGAGAAGUGGACAUUCUGGGCAUUGUGUGUCAGCUGCGGCUGGACAGAGGUGGGAUGAUCCAGACCACGGAGCAAUACCAGUUCCUGCACCACACUUUGGCCCUGUAUGCAGCCCAACUGCCCAAGGAGCCCAGCCCCUGACCCCGCCCAUCCUCCACCAGCCCAGGUGCCAACUUCCCUUCAAACCUCAGAAGGUGGGUCUCGGGAAAGAAGGCUGGCACCCUGGGUGGGCAUCUUUAGCGAGCUCUUGCAGCCACAGGAAGCUUCAUCAGCAAGAUGAGGAACCAGACUCCAGGUCCUCAACACUGGCCACUCCUUGGUUUUCUAUAGUGCCCCCAAGCAGACAAUGGGGAGGACCUCCCAUGUCUCUCUGAACUUAAAGAUAUGAGCUGGCACUUAUGACAAACCUGAGAAAGAAGCCCAGGUGUCUGGUCUUCUCUUUGUGAGCUUUAGGCUCCUCGUCUACGACAUGGACAUUAAGUGCUCUGUUGCCAUAUAAGGAAGCAAUCAGAGAAGUUCCUAGAAGGCAUUCCAGCUAUAUCCCCUUCCUGUGACUGGCAAGAGGGUGAUUCAAGAUCAUACUUUGCCAGACCCUGUCCCUGCCCAAGCAGGCCAGAUGCAAGAGCUGGGAGAGUCUGGUCCUGACCUCGGCUCCCCCACCACCCAUCUGUAGGGGCCAGACACCUCCGAAAGAGAACAAAGACCCAGAUUAUCCCUGCUUCCACACAUGCGUACGAGGUAGCCAGGUCAAGCAAUUGAAAUCUCUGGAAGAAGAAAAGUUGUAGGUCUCCCUCAGAGUCCCAGAGCUGUAAUUGCUGGCCACUCACCCCAACUACUCCCUGGAGAGGCCCCAGGAUCUUCUGCCUUACUUCUAUGACUUCAGACGAUAUCCUGACCAUCCAGGAAGUCCAAAAGAAAGAGAAGACAAAGAACUUGGCCUGAUUUUAGACAACAGGCCCCUACCCCCACAUUUGCAGAUACCUAGAGAGCUUUGUCAUCUCAAUAAACAAUCUGGGGUUUAUGACCACUCCAUGCAGAUAUGGGGGCUCAGACUGAACUGGGACCCCACACAGUAUACCCCAGAAAACUAACUCCCCUCAUCCAUUUCAACAACAACACAAUUUCCAGGGUACCUCAGAUCUAUCUCAGGGCUCAAGUAGACACCCCAGGAAAGCAUCCAAACCCUUCACCCUCCUUGAAUCCAAGAUGGCUGCCUCUGAAGAUGAAGGUUAGGUGCCAUUUCUCCUGGCACUCCACCUCUGGGAUCUGACUCCACUGAUACCAGUUCUUCGUGGAAACCCCCAAGGAGCUAGAUCCUGGAGAAAGCUGGGCCUCCUCACACAUGACAUCUCUUCUGAAGAACAUGCAGUGUUAAAACUGAGCUUAAUUUUCUUAAUGCAUCUGCUUGGCCUUACUGAGGAAGUACUCCUUUUUUACAGCCCUGGAAAGGGGGUCACCUGCACCUCCACCUCCACCUUCCCUAAUCCCUGUGAGAGGCACUUAGAGUCUGUGCCAAGGAAGAUGGGUGGAAACCGCACAAGUGCCUGAUCUUACCUGGAGCUCAGCCUCAGCCAAGAGGGAAGUCCCCCUCCAUGCCGCUGUUGCCCCAGCCCUGUUCCAGAACUUAGAGGGUACAAGCUCAGGAAAAGUAACCAAGUGGGAAAAUAAAGGCUUUUUGGAUGACUGAUUCACUCCUUCUCUGUCUUCUUCUCAGGCCUUUGGGGCUUCUUUAAAGCAACAGAGAGAGUAAGACUCCACAAACUAGGAACAGGCUGCCAAUCUCUGUUCCUGGGAUAUGCACCUUUUCUAGCACUUUGUGGGGCACAUAAGACAAAGUCAAACCGGGGUGAGUUUAGGAUAUAGGACAAAGGCAUACCCAAAGAAUUAGAGAGGGAUUUAUGAGGAGUAGAGGAAACCCUGGUGGUGUAUUGUUUAAGUGCUAUGGCUGCUAACCAAAAGGUCAGCAGUUCAAAUCUACCAGGUUCUCCUUGGAAACUCUAUGGGGGCACUUCUACUCU